GAUAAACAACUGUUUGGAAAAAACUGCACUUCCAACUUUUUAUUGAGAUGCCAACCCACGGGCCGGCAUGUGCUUUGCAAAUUGCAAUUUUGUGGAUUUGGUGUCCUCAUAUAGGGCAUUGGUCCUGUCUAUGGUUUAGGGCCUUGGUCCUGUCCGUCACGUAUAUUUCUGUUUGGUGAAUGCCACUGGCCCACCAGUCGGUCGAAUUUUGCUUUUUCAGCAGGCUCUGAACUUGAACUGUUGAAGCCAUGACAAAGUAUGGGUUUCAAGUAAAGUUGGACCACAAGUUUCCAGAGAAGUGGGAUGGAAAUAUCGUUCCAAGCCUUAGUCAGGUCUGGGACUUGGUUCCUCUUGGCCUCAGAUAUUUGGUCUGGUAUGUUGGAAUGUGGUUCAAAGGAAAGAAACCCUUCAUUGACCAGCUCAACCCUGUGUCUGGAAAACAAAUAUAUGGGGUGCCUCUGGGCGGUAUCGGCGCCGGCACCAUCGGGCGCGGCUUCUGCGGCCAGUUCACGCGGUUCCAAGUACGGCCCGGUCUGUACGAGUACACCACGGCCGCCGCCGACCAGUUUAUCGUCACCGUCCACGGCGCCCAGAGCCACAGUCAGGUGCUGAGCGCGUGCGGCCCGCCGGCCGGCGGCCACCUCUCCGGCUGGCGGUGGUCGUUCCCGGGCGCGCAGGCCGAGUACCGCGGCCUGUACCCGCGCGCCUGGACCGACUACCGCCUGCCGGAGCAGCGGCUCAGGCUCGGCUGCCGCCAGGUGUCGCCAGUCAUACCGCACAAUUACAAGGACACCUCACUGCCGUGCGCCGUGUUCGUUUGGGACGUGGAAAACACGGGCACAGAGGAGAGGACGGUCAGCAUCACGUUCACCUUCGAGAACGGCAUCGGCAGGAAACACUCCAGUUUGAACUGCGCGGUGUCGUCCCUGGACCCGGAGCCGGCCGCCGCUGGCGGGGUGUCGGGCCUCACUAUAGACCAGGAGAUCGGCGGCGUGCCCUGUCAGUACGUCAUCGCCGCCAGAACCCAGGAGGGAGUCCUGGUCAGUAAGAGCACGUUCCGGCCCUCGGGAGACGGGCUCGACCUCUGGAACCAGCUGUCUGCGGACGGAGGUCUGACGCUCAAUCUGGAACAGAACAACACCUCAGAGGCCGGUAUGGCGGUCAGCGCGCGGGUGACGGUACCGGCCGGCUCUCGGCGCUCAGUGGAGAUGGCCCUGGCCUGGCACAUGCCCGAGGUGCGGUUCGGAACGGCCGUGCAGCCCGUCACCAGGUACUACAGUCGCUGGUUCGCGGCGGGCCGGCAGGGCGCCGAGCGACUCUGCCAGUACGCGCUGGACAACUACCGGCGCUGGGAGGAUGCCAUCGACGCCUGGCAGCAGCCCGUGCUCGACGACCCGGAGCUGCCGGAUUGGUACAAGUCUGCCAUCUUCAACGAGCUGUACUUUAUCUCGGACGGCGGCAGCCUGUGGUUGGAGAUGGCCGACGCCGACAAACUGCCCCACUCGGACCCCAGACGGGAGUACGGCCGGUUCGGGUACCUGGAGUCCCACGAGUACAUCAUGUACAACACGUACGACGUGCACUUUUACUCGUCGCCGGCGCUGGUCCACCUGUGGCCGCAGCUGCAGCUCUCGCUGCAGUACGACAUGGCCGAGUUUGUCACACAGGAGGACCUGGAGCGCCGUAAGAUGCUCUACACGGGCCAGACGGCAGUGAGGAAGGUGGCCAACACUGUCCCGCACGACGUCGGCAACCCCGGCGUGCCAGGUGAGAUACCGUUUGUGAAGAUCAACAGCUACCAGAUUCACGACGUGUCCGCCUGGAAGGAUCUCAACCUGAAGUUCGUGCUGCAGACGUUCCGAGACCAGCGAGCGGUGGGUGCCGGCACCGGCUACCUCUCGGCCAUGUGGCCCGCCUGCAAGGCCGUCAUGGCCGUGGCGCGCCGCUGGGACACCGACGGCGACGGUAUGAUCGAGAACUCUGGUGCGCCGGACCAGACGUACGACACGUGGGUGAUGAGCGGCGUGAGCGCCUACUGCGGCGGCCUCUGGCUGGCCGCCCUGUACGCCAUGGCGGAGAUGGCCCGCGAGAUGGGCGACGAGCCCGCGCUGGCCCAGUACGCCGAGCUGCUGACCCGCGCGCAGAAGGUCUACGUGGAGAAACUGUGGACAGUGAACAAGGCGGGCUCCUACUACAAGUUCGACACCUCGCCGGGCGACAACGGGGGCUGCAUCAUGGCCGACCAGCUGUGCGGCUACUGGUACCUGAGGUCCGCCGGUGUCACAGAUCAGGUGUUCAGCUACACGGAGGAGGCGCUGCGCACCAUCUACGAGAACAACGUGCUGCUGUUCCAGGGCGGCCGGCAGGGCGCCAUUAACGGCAUGCUGCCCGACGGCCGGCGCAACAUCACCACGCUGCAGAGCGAGGAAACGUGGACGGGCGUCACGUACGCGCUGGCCGCCACCAUGGUACAUGAGGGGAUGAUCAAGGAGGGAUUCCACACUGCCGAGGGCAUCUACCGCACCGUCUACGAACGGAUCGGACAGGGCUUCGAGACGCCCGAGGCGCUCUAUCCGGAGAAACACUACCGGGCUGUGGGCUACAUGCGGCCGCUGAGCAUCUGGGCCAUCCAGCGGGCCUGGGAGCAGCGCCGCGCCACACUGCCACCUGGUGGCGCGGAGUAGAACCACUAGUUCGCGGCGAGCACGGCCUCCGUGAUACGGGGAGAGGCUGGAGAGUGUGAUUUUGAUGCUACGUGUUGCAGGUUGAUAUAAUCGCUUUGUGUAAUAUGCACUAGUCAUAUGUAACCAUGCAGGACGAGUGAACGCUUUUCUAUCAGUUGUGAUUUUUCUGUAGUCUAUUUUCGGGGGCCAAUAGUACCGAUCGGAGUUAGCUACGCGUCAGGAACGACGAACAAGCCGGGUAUCCUGUCAGAAAAUAUCGAGCAUGUGAUUGAUGUCAUUGAUUGGUGAUCGUGGUUGUGCUCUGUUUCUGUACGUGAUCGCUGUACGCUGUUAAGAGAACUCAAAGAGAGUGAGAAAGACACCGAAAAGAGCAAUAGUCCUCUUAAAGUAGGUACUACAGUCCAAAUACACCACAAUCAAAAUAUCGUUAUUCCUCUGCACAGCCACUCAUUGUUUCCGUACAUUGUUUUCCAUACGCCGUGUGUGUGUGUGUGUUGAACUGAAGUGCCUUACACUGCCUGCGUUCCUCGGCCAUUGGGUGUGUACCGACGUAAUUCAUUUGUUCAGAGCUCGACGUUUUUCUGGCUGGCCGCCUGUGUCUGGUGUUCUGCCUAUCAGCGCUUCUGCGCCAGUGUCCGUGAGCUUCUGCUGUGUCGUGUUGUUACCCUUUCCCGGGCCUGCGGGCUGUCGUUUUUUCUGCAGACCAUUGCCUCCACCGAUGGCGGCCGCCGCGCCUCAUUCGCUGUGCUCUGGGCGCGGCGAAUGGUGAGUCAUUCAUUCACGUGUGUCGCUUCAUGUCUCCCAAGUCAGUCGAGCUGGGUCGCCACCCGCCGGGCGCCGUCUGCCCAGCCGGGCUGGCCAGUGCUGUGCGCUUCACCUGCGCCGGUGGCAGCUUUUCCAUACAUUUCCUCACGCCGUGCGUCUGUCUCGUUUCGUCGGUCUGAGGUCGAGUCCUCGCGUGGACCGUGUGCGCCAUUGGUCGGUUUUGUGUUUGUUUUCUAUUUCUGUGCACAUUGCGCCAGUCUGUGUCUGUGAAAGGUGACCGGACCGCCGGCGUGCCGGGCGGUUACAGGCGUUCUGGAGCUACGGUAGCCGGCCAGCGUCGCUCCAGCGUCGGCGAGUGAACGGCCCUUGUCCAGGUUACGCUGUUUUCUGCGGAUAUUAUAGCGGUGAUUUUAUCAUUGUUGCAGGUGCUUGGUCAAUAAACGCUGAAGCUGUACUGUAA